AUGACUGUGACUCCCCGGCGACAAUCGUGUGAUCGAUGCCAUGGACAGAAGCUGCGAUGCACCCGUGCUGGCAACAGUGACAUGGGAGCAUGUAUUCGGUGCCUCCGCCAAGGCGCUGAGUGCGUAUAUAGCUCCAGCUUGCCAAAAGGCCGUCCUAGCAUGUAUCGCGUGGCCGACCCACCAGCUGAUGGACAAGAUAGCAAUGUCGAUCUCAGUGCCAGUACCGCAGACAAAGCCGAUCGCCAUGCCACAGUUGCCUCUGCUACCACUACCAGAACAACAGAUAGAUCGCACAGUACCGGUAACCCCGACACGGAUACCAAUACAAAAAGACCAUGUGCAGACUCAAACAUUGACCAGCAUAGCACAGCGGAUUGGAGGUCGGUUUUUCCAGAAUCGAUGGAUACCUCCACCGCCAUGUGGUCGUGCCAAAUGCGCAUGCACGAAAUGGAGAGAUACGGCAAUGAGCAGCAGGACUGGACCUCCAACAUGUUUAACCUCAUCGGCCAGCAGAUGGACGCCGGCUUGGCUUCCGUCGACACAGUACCAAGUCUCUUGCCAUGGGAGAACGGCGAUUGCUCCUGUCUAUGGAGUGGACUCGUCCAGACAACCGAUCACCGCAGUGAUAUGAUGGCCGGCAAAAUCAGCCCUGAUAUCGGCAUUUCGCAGCUGUCGCAACUAAGUAAUCGCCUCUCCUCCCUGCAUCGUUGGAGUUGCACAGUUGCGGACAAUGUUGAGCGAGACUCAAGCCAAGCAUGCCACAGCUCCCUUAUCAACGAUGUCUCGUUCAAGUCCGUGGCAUCGUGGUUGGUACACGCCUCCGCCGAUAUGAACUUUUUCCCCUGCAUGGACCCCAAGACGAGUACGCUUGAGCAAUCCUCCACGGACAAUACUCUCCACAAUGUCUUUUCCGCUUCGUACCAAUUUAUGGAGACCUUGCGUGGCUUGUAUGGUGAGUCUACAUCUGAUCCAUGCACCAACACCUCCUCCGCAUCAUCGAUCUCCACGCAGGACAUGCAGCCUGGGCCUCCUCCGCCAUCAGGGGUUCCAUACUCCAGCAUUAUCGAGCGCCAUCUGGUAGUUGCGUGUCAUACUCUGCUCCUCAAGAUUUAUGUGGCCGUGUUUAUCUCCCUGCAGCGUGAUGUCGAUCGUUUGUCUCGUCUGGUCCCUGCCAAGGUUGAUCAGGAUGCGACGGUGGACGCGUCGCUAGCCGAUAUGCGACUCGUCCUAAUCGUGCAGCUUUGCUCCUAUAUCCUUGAGCGUCAACACCAAGCCGUUUCCAGUUACUUAGCACCGGAGUCCCCGCCAGUGCUGUCGCAGCAGCUUGAUAUCUCCGGUUCUUCACAGCCCACCACCAUCACAGGCGCGGAAGGUGAGCCUGAUUCGGAGGUUCAACGUCGGUUGGGACGGCUUCGAGAAUUAUUGCGUAUCUGA